AUGGUAAUAUUAGCAUUAGGCAGCGAACCAGGUGAGUCUUCAACGUACAGUAGAAGCGUCAGCUCAAAGAUGAGCGAAGCAAAUAAGAAGAACCGAAGAAGUAUCGAGGCGACAUUCACAAAUCUGGUCAACGCACUCGUCCCUGACGAAAGCGAGAGACGACGAGUACUUGAAGAGAAGGGUGUUGUUGAGAAUCUCGACUGCCAUCACGAUGUUGUACAAGUAUUCGAUUUAAUCUGCAUUGAUGUCAAUAAGCAUGAUUACGCGCUCCAGUACAUGAGUGUUUGA